ACAAGAGAAAAAAAACAAGAUAUUAAGGGAUGGCAAAAGCCUCUGUUUUAGAGUCUAAUAGUGGAUUUUUUAAUGUUGAAGUGAAAGAUGAGUCUCUAGAAUGGGUUACGCCGUCAUCUGGAGGGACUUUACCGACUAUUCAGAGUCUUAAUUAUGAAGAUACAGUGAGGAUCUUAACAGAAAGAGAUCCAUCAUUAAUUGUCAAUGAAAUGAUACCAGAGUGGAAGAAGGAGAAUGCGAAUAUGAUGAAGGAUAUGUUUAAUGAUAUUUUAAGCGUUGGAAUGUCGGAGAAUGGGUUUGAUGAGAAUCUUAAAAAUUCGUAUAAGAAAGAGGAGGAAAGGGGGUCUAUUUUUGAGUUUUUGGAUAUUAAAAAUUCAGGAAAAAAAGGAACUAAAACAGUUAAUUUUCCUGCUGACGAUUCAACUGAUUCAUUACAUAAAAUUAAGCCUUUUAUUUCUUCUAAGAAUAAGGAAUCGUUUGCACCGAAAGUAAAUAGUAGGGUUUCAGCAUCUAAUGUCUUUGAAAAUGACAUAAAUUCGUUCCAAAAAGGGUUUCAGGGUCACGAAAUGAGUAAUCAGUUUACAUUUAAUUGUAAUCUUCAGGAUAAAAAAGAUGAAAACAAUUUAACUAUUUAUGAGAAUAAGAGUAAGAAUAUGGCGUCAGCGACAAAGUCGCCUUUAAAAUUAUUUCAUGAUAAUUUUGACACAUUUACGAAUAAUAAACUUGCAGCAGCGGUUUUUGAACUAGCAAAUCAAGAAACAGAUGAAGAUGCAAAAACGUCUUCUAGUGGUCCGGAGAGAAAAAGGGCUCGAACAUGUCAUGAACGAAUGAAUAGUAUAACAACUCAAAAUUUUUUUAACGAAGCGCAAGAAGUUAUGGAACGUAUAAGGAAUAGGCGUAAUCAUGUUGGGAAAUCUACUCUUGAAAGUGUUCGUGAAGAAGAAAUUGUGUAUAAUUCUAAAAAUUCAUCUUUCAAUAUUCAAAAAGAAGGGGAUCCUUCCAUGAAAUCUAAAAGAAGUAGCAUGAAUUCAUGUGCACCUGUUACAGAGGAGACGCCUACUCGUUCCAUGUUCAGCGAUUGGUCUUCUGAGCAAACAAGUUCUAGAAAUACACUUAUUUCUGUUUCUGAUUCGAUAAAAUGUUAUAAAGAAAUGGAAAAUUUGAAUACUGUGGAAAAUACAAAACAUCAACAACUAGAAAAAGAAGUUUUUGAUUCUAUAAAACAAACAUGGGACAAAGAGCCGACAACUUUUCAGAAAACAAAGAUUUCUAAACCUACGUCUUUUGUGAAUAAAGAAUCUAAUGCUAAUCGGCUAAAUCAGAAGUUAUUUUCUUCUGAAAAUUUAAAAGUUAUAACUCCACAAGAUGUCUCUCAAUUUUUAAGUGACAAAAUUGGUUCAAUGACUUUAGAUAAAACAAAAAAUACUUGGGUGCAGGAUUUUCAUGAUAAAACUGAAGACGUAUUUGAAGGAAUACAAGAUUUUCCUGUAUCUCCAGAGUCUUUAGAUGAAAUACCGAAGAAAGAUUCUGAUAUUUCCAAAAAUGACAUGCAAAAUACUAAUCAAAAGCCUAAAGUCUGUUUUACAAAAGAAAUAUAUACUAAAAAACUAAAAGAUGAAAUGAACGAAUCUUUGCAAGAAAAAGUAGAUGAACAUAUUCCAAAAACUUUUGCUUAUCCAAAGAAUAUAAAUUUUAAUGAGGAAUCUGUUCCUGGUUCCUCAAAUGAGAUUAUUGCUGAUGGCAAUUUAAUUAAUGUUAAUCUUGAUUCAGUAGUUGAUGAUUAUUCCUCAAAAUUAUUUACAAAAGGUUCAAAGCCGGCUUUACAACCAUUAAUACAUGAAAAAUCUUCAAUAAAUGAAAAUUCUGUUGAUAUAUAUAAAGAUUUAUCGGACAGCAAGUUUCUAAGAGAUCAUCAAGAUUUAUCUAGUGCAACACUCAAUUGUAGUUUUUCUAUGGCAAUACAGAAUUUAGUUGUUGUUUUGACUGAUAUUGAACCUUAUGAACCAUUUUGGGAGAAAUUUCAACAUUUAAAUCUUUCUGGCAAAAAUAUAGAAUCUUUGAUAGGAUUGUCCGAUUUUUGUCCUAAAUUAAAUAAUUUGGAUGUUAGUUAUAAUAAGCUUACGUUUUUGACUGGAUGCCCUAAUACUGUACGGAAUAUGAAUCUGCAAAAUAAUAAUUUAUCAUCUCUUACAGGAUUCUCUCAUUUGAUAAAUAUCCAGUAUUUGAAUCUCUCUAAUAACGAAAUUCAAAGUCUUAAAGGUUUAAAUGUAUUAGUUCAUCUUCGACAAUUAGAUGUUUCAAAUAAUAAAAUUUCCAGUUUAGAUGGAAUAGAAAAAUUAGAUGGUCUUUUGGAUCUCUCUCUUUCUCACAAUUUACUUUGUGACAUAGAUUUUUCUAAUUGUGAUCUUCCUAAAUUGGAACAAUUGAACCUUUGCUGCAAUAAGAUAAAACGAUUUAAAGGUGUAGAUAAUUUGCAGAAUUUAACUACAUUGAAUUUAGAUAAAAAUAAUCUUUCUUCCUUUUGUGCUGAGAAGAAAAUGCUAAAACUUCGUGUUUUGAAACUUUCUAAGAAUUCUUUAAAAAAGUUUGACCCUAAAAACUUCCCAAAUCUUCGAAUAUUAUCUUUGGAUAAUAACAAUCUUGGAGAUAUGAAUGAGAUUAGAUAUCUUGCAAAAUUGGAAAAAUUAUCAAUAAGAAACCAGAAAUUAGGCAAAUUAAAUCUUGAAUUAAAUUCAUUGAUGAAUAUCAAGAAGAUUUGUAUAUCAUUGAAUCCUAUUUGUUCAUUAGAUUUUUCUUCUCGACUUUUAACUCUACAAUACUUAGAACUAGUAAAUGUUCAAAUGACAGCUCUUCCUCAAUCAUUUGCUGAAAUGGCUUUAAAUAUUCGUAUGCUUAAUCUUAGUCAUAAUCAUUUAAAAAAUAUCGAUCCAUUAAAAGGAAUGCCUUUACUCAAACGAUUAUUUAUUAAUGGGAAUCAAAUUUCUAAAAUAACAGAUGUUAUCGAAGUAUUAAGUUCUUUAAAAGCUCUACGCGAUUUUGACAUGAGGUUAAAUCCAUGUGUCAUAAAUUUAUAUCCUCCUUUUUUUUCAUUAGAUAUGAAUAAUUCAUCAAUUUUUUUUGGCCUUCAAAUGAAAUUAUAUGAUAAUACAUGGGCUGAAAAAGAUAAAGAAUUUGUGAAAACCCUUCCUAAGAAAAUACAGCUUAGGCGUAAAUUAUAUCAGGAUUUAAUUCUAUCAUCUUGUCCUCCUUUAAAAUGGCUUAAUGGGGAAAACAUUACAGAGAUACAUAUAAAAAAAGCAAUUAAGUUCGUUAGUUAUAUUUCAUUCGAUAUAAAUUCUAAAAAUAAAUGAACUAAACUAUAAACAAUUAGGAUUCAUUGUCUA